ACACCUCUUGCGGGUAUGAUCGGGAUCUAUAUGUAAUGGUUCUUUACAAUAGCCUGCAUCUCAAGCCUGUCAAACCAUGCAAGGGUUGGAUGCUUGUUCGGUGCCAAGCAAUGUAGGGCUGAAAGUGGUUGGCGGGUGAUUUCGCGUCGUGCGCGUCUGGGACGUGACGUCGCCCAGCCUCGCCCACCAGAAUCACGCGUCUUAAUUCCUCGCUCCACCAAACAGUGCACUGCUCCAGACAACCCCAAACACAGCAGUACACAGCACACGCCACAAUGGGUAUCAAACAGCUCUUCCAGAUCAUCCAGGAGCAUGCGCCCGAUGCCAUCAAGACGGGCGAGAUCAAGAACCACUUCGGCCGGAAGGUCGCCAUAGACGCCUCCAUGAGCAUCUACAGCUUCCUCAUCGCCGUGCGCUCCGACGGCCAGCAACUUAUGAACGAGUCCGGCGAAACCACAUCCCACCUCAUGGGCCUCUUCUACCGCACACUUCGCAUGGUCGACAACGGCAUAAAGCCCCUCUACGUGUUCGACGGCGCGCCCCCGAAGCUCAAGUCCGGCGAACUCGCGAAGCGGUUCCAGCGCAAGACGGAGGCGCAGGCGGCACAGGAAGAAGCAAAGGAGACGGGUACUGCAGAGGACAUUGAGAAGUUUGCGCGGCGGACGGUGAGGGUCACACGAGAGCACAACGAGGAAUGCCGGCGGUUGCUCAAGCUUAUGGGGAUUCCGUACAUCGUGGCGCCGACGGAGGCUGAGGCACAGUGUGCGGAGCUGGCCCGGGGCGGGAAGGUGUAUGCAGCUGCGAGUGAGGAUAUGGAUACGUUGACGUUCAACGCGCCGAUUCUGUUGCGACAUCUCACGUUCAGCGAGCAGCGCAAAGAGCCGAUUUUGGAGAUCCAUCUCGAUAAGGUGCUCGAGGGACUGGACAUGAAGCGGGAGCAGUUCGUCGACCUCUGCAUCCUCCUCGGCUGCGACUACGUCGACCCCAUCAAAGGCGUUGGUCCCUCCACCGCCCUGAAGCUCAUCCGCGAGCACGGCACCCUCGAGAAAGUCUACGAGACCAUGAAGGCUAGCUCCAAAUACACCAUCCCAGAGGACUGGCCCUUUGCCGACGCGCGCGCCCUCUUCCACGAGCCCGAUGUCCGCUCCGCCGACGACCCAGAGUGCGACUUCAAGUGGGAAGCUCCCGAUGUCGAAGGCCUCGUCAAGUUUCUGGUUGAGGAGAAGCACUUCAACGAGGACCGCGUGCGGAGCGGUGCGAGCAAGCUGCAGAAGAAUCUUAAGACUGCGCAGCAGAGUCGGUUGGAGGGAUUCUUUAAGCCGGUAGAGAAGUCGGCGGAGCAGAAGGCAAGUCUGAAGAGGAAGGCAGAGCAGAAGCUGGAGGAGAAGAAAAAGAAGCAGAAGGCGGAUGCGAAGGAGAAGAAGGCUGCCAAGUCGAAGGCGAGGGGUGGCGCUUGAGCGAAAUGUGUGGCAUGUGAGAGAUAUCAUGCAUACUGAUGCGGUCUGCGGCGAAACGGCGAAACGGCGAAACAGCGAAACGGCGAAACAGCGAAACGGCGAAACGGCCGGAAAAGGGGCUAGGCACGAAUGCAUGAGAACGCGGGCAUGCGUAUGGCGAACAAGGCGUUUCAGUGGCGUUACCGAGCAUUCUUGCACAGUGGAAUACCUUAGGGAAUGCUCGCUAGGUACAAGGUGGUAUUGUCUUUUGCCUAGCCGACGCGUUUGCGCCGAAGGCCUUACGACACAUCAACUAAUUCUGAAGAUACCAAUUUCAUGUUUCUGAUAACGGAGCUUGUAAAUACCCGCUG